AUGCAGGUUCCUUUGAUUCGGCUCCAAUGCGGCUGCAAUAGCUAUGACUGGGGGAAGAAGGGAAAAGACUCGGCUGCUGCGAGAUAUGCUGCGGCGACGCCCUCAGACAACUUCUCCGUCCAAGAAGACAAGCCAUAUGCCGAACUAUGGAUGGGCACACACCCUUCUCUACCCUCCAAAGACCUCGUCACUGGUAGAUCUCUCCUCGACCUUGUCGCCGACAACCAAGCACUGAUGGGCAGUGACAUUACCGAGAAGUACAACAAGAAACUUCCGUUUCUCUUCAAGGUCCUGUCUAUCAACAAGGCAUUGUCCAUUCAAGCCCAUCCCAACAAGAAGCUCGCCGAGAAGCUUCACGCCAAAGACCCAAAGAACUAUCCCGAUGACAACCAUAAGCCUGAAAUGACACUUGCCAUCACCCCGUUUGAAGGCCUUUGUGGUUUCCGACCCCUCAAGGAAAUUGCACACUUCCUCGCAAGCAUUCCACCCCUGCGCGAACUGGUCGGCGAGAGUGAGGCCAAAGGGCUUGAACAGGUUGCGAAUUCUUCCUCGCCGUCUCUCGACGAUGCUAAAUCCCGCCUCAAAGCCGCGUUCAGCUCGCUCAUGAAGUCUUCCAAGGCCGAAGUUGCCGAAAAGUCCCAAGCCCUUCUGGAGCUCGCUAAGAAUGGAUCAAUUUCUCCCGGUCCUAGUGUCAACACCUCUGAAGAGCUCUGCGAACUAGUGCAGCGGUGCAACAGCCAGUUCCCAGAAGACAUCGGCCUCUUCGUGCUAUUCUUCCUCAACUACGUCAAACUCCAACCCGGACAGGCCAUGUACCUCAAGGCAGACGACAUCCACGCCUAUAUCUCGGGCGACAUCAUCGAGUGCAUGGCGAGCAGCGACAAUGUGAUCCGCGCUGGCUUCACGCCCAAAUUCCAAGACGUCAACACCUUGACCGACAUCUUGACCUACGACCACGAUCCACCCGAGCAACAGCUCCUCCAACCCGUCGACUACCCGUACGUCACGCUCAACGACAAAGCCUACAGCUCUGGCAGCGACUCGUUGCUGUACGAUCCCCCGAUCGAGGAAUUCAGCGUCGUGCGCACGGCGCUCAAGAAACCAGGCGCCAAGGCCACUUUUGAAGGGAUCGCGGGCCCCAGCAUCGUCAUCUGCACGAGCGGCGAGGGCAAGAUCAGCGUCGGCCCCAAGACGGAGGACUUCAAGGAAGGCUGGGUGUACUUUGUGGGCGCGACUGCUGAACUGGUCAUCGAAAGCGCGACCGACGGGAUGGUCACGUUCAGGGCCUUUUGCGAGAUUGACGACACCGCCAAGCAACACAAUGGGGCGCAUUGA